AUGGAUGUACAAAUACCUUUCAAAAGAAAAAGGGUAAGACAAGCUUGCUAUUUUUGCCGCAGUAAAAAGAGCAAAUGUGACGGUGCUCAACCAACUUGUUCAAGCUGCAGAAAGGAGGGAACAAAGUGUACAUAUCCUCCAAUUAAGAAAAGAGGGCUACCUACAGGGCGCUUACAGGAACUCGAGAAGAAGUUGCAGCUAUACGAGGGUAUUCUAGGAUACCUUAUCACGACAGGUAAAGAUUCCUUGAAUGUUGAGCGAAAAUUACAUGUUAUUUCUACAGAGGGAGAAGAGAGGGCUCGGUUUCUCCGAAACCGAACUACUUUACAAAAAAUGUGGUCUCAUAGCCAGAUAUGUGAACGUGUUGCUCUUUUAGAUAGGUCAACAGAGACGCAUCAGCACGCUAGUGCUUUGCGAUCAUCCGAUUCGGGAAGCCCUUAUGACUACUUUAAAGAAGAAGAAUGGUCAACAGAAUAUUUGAGGUAUCAAGGUGAUUCAUUUAUCGUAUCAGGUUUCUCUAGAGCAGCUGUCCAAAGAUAUAUGGCUCAAUCACCUUCCAAAUUCUUAGCUCCUUUUCGAGUUAGUUCAAUUUUUCGUAUCCAUAAAUCACAAAAGCCUCCAGACAUAUCUUCGAGCUUGUAUUCCUUCCCAGAAGAAUAUAAAAUUUUAGUUGACGCAUAUUUUCAAUUUAUCAAUCCUUUAUUUCCUAUGUUAGAAAAAGAUUUGAUGAUGAGUUUUAUAGAAAAAGUAUUCAACAAAAAGAUACAAGUAAGCCAAAAGGACGCAGUUUUAAAUACAGUGGCUUUGUCAUGGGCAGUACUCUCCAAUGGUAGAUACAUUAUGGAUGCAACAACAAAAUUGCUGAUCUCAACGACAGCCUCAAACGUUUAUGCUUCUAAUGCGACUUCAGUUUUAGAAUAUGGAGCCAAUUCCACCAUUGAAACAAUUCAAACAAUGCUUCUCAUUGGAUACUAUGAGUAUUGUAUCGGAAAUUGGGAUCUCUCUUGGGUAUUAACUUCUUCGGCCGCUAGAAUGGCUAUAGACGUAAGACUAGUGGAACCAAGCGAAGAAGAGUUUAGUAAAAGAAGUGACCCUUACCUGAUAUUAUUUUAUAAGCUGUCGAGAACAAGAACUUGGGAAGUCGCUUUUAUCCUAAAUACUUUACUUUCAGCUAGGAUGGGAAGAUCCUCUGUCAUGAAAGUUUCUGACUGGAAAGAAUGGGAUAGAUCUAACUUUCUAAAUUUUGAAGAGGUCACAGAUAUAACCAACUCAAAUGAAUACAAAUAUUUUGGGACUUCCUUCGAUCAGACCGUUAAGAUUAUCUCUGUUUUAAAUUUAUCUGUGACAUCUCAAUUUGAUACCGUAGGAGUAACGGAAGCAUUUUUAACACCUAAUGUUAUUACUUUUGAUUAUUUGGAGGGAAGGUUGAAUAGUAUUAAAGAGAAAAUCCCUUCUAUUUUCUUGAUGGGGCUGUUAAAUGAGAGUGUGGAUAUCCAGAAUAUCUCGUUAGAUGUUCUAAUUGUCCACUUGAUGUACAACUUAACGCUCUGCGUGAUAGCUGUGAGAUUGAGUGAAGAAACUGCACUUGAAGGCUACAAGUAUUCACAAAAACGGCGAAAUAACUACUACGUAGAAGGCGCACUAGGAUUAAAAAGGUUACUAACAAAGUUAAGUAAGAAACAGCUUCUAUGCAUUCCUUAUUUGGAUUACAUGUUGACUAUUUGUUUGACUUGUUCAGACAUGAUGACAGGUUAUCCAUGUGUUGCUGAAAAAUUGGCGCGCUUGUUGGGAGAUAUGUCGCAAAACUCUAGACCAUGUAACAUAGCAAGGGACGUUAUAAGUUUUGAGGAUAAGGCUAGAGGGCUCAAGGAUAUUUUAUUUGACAGCUCAAAUUCAAAAAUAAAAGGUUUCAGGGAAGCGAGCCGACAGGAAGAUUCGCUAACACCCCACUCAAGAUCACUUUUAGGCCCAUCUUCUUCUGCAGAGAAGGAUCUUAAGACUGGUCCUAAAUCUGGAGAUAGUCCAAUAAAUCUUAUAAAUAGUACAGAGGCUGGUUUUUUAGAUGCAUUCAUGAUUAAUCCGAAUACAGGAGAUAGAAAUCAGGCAGCAGAUAAUGUUCCUUAA